AUGACGACGGAGAAGGAAGAGCAACAGGCAUUGGUCGACGACAAUGGACAGGACGCUGGCGAGACGAAGACUGACCCGGUCGACCGACAUGAAGACGUCGUGGAUCACGAGCACGUGGACGGAGGUGACGAUGCACGAGAAGAAGACGAGAGAGCUGCAGCUGAAGAAGACAACACCAACGUCGAGACGGUGCCAAACAGUAGCGACUCCUCGGAGCAACAAGAGGACGAGACGCUUGUGGUGCUGGAGCUCUGCGACUUCAAGAACCAUCCGCUGUUUGACGACUACAGCUCGGCGACGCUUGAGGGCAUUGACACGGCGACGCCAAUGCUGCGGAUUGGCGAGUACACGUUGCACGGUAAGCUGGAGGAGACCGUGGGCACGAGUUACUUCUACGACACGGACACGACAAGAGCCGCCGACAAGACGUAUCAAUUCGCAGGCCAGACGAUCAAGAAGAUCAAGUUCACCAUCACACCGCCCGAGGAAUUCUAG